UAUUGACUUCCAAUUAUGGCCGACUCUCAUGGCCAGUGAAUCGACCUUUUCAUAAAAUGCUUUGUGAUGUAGUAUUUUGAAUCCAAAAUCUACCAAAAUCGAAAGAUAUACGGCAAGCCAGUUGUCUUUGAGAAACUUUAGGAUGUCUAUUGAGACACAAGAGGAUGAACAAUGGAAACUCUUUCUCGAGGGUUCCAUGUUCGAGGAUCAUUUUAAUGAACUCGAGAAGAUUUGUGAAGAGGCUUAUGGUGGCCAUUCUGAGCUCUUUGAUGAUGAGUUUUUGAGGCCUAUUUGCUCAUUACUUCUAGAACUACGGACAUCAGCUGAGACAUUUUUCUCAAAUUCUGGAAUGAACGAGGAAAAAUGGCUACCAUGUUACGAGAGAUUCGUCACAUCUGUGAUUCAUCUCUCGCAGCUCGACAUCAACCUCCACAAAGGGGAAUUCUAUUUUCACUUGAACCUCACAUCGCCAGGCGAAAUCAUCUUGAAGUAUUACGAUUCCAAAAAGGUGAUGUCGUUGCCGCUGACCAAAAGCGAAUACGAUUGCAUAUGGGCUUCGAACUGGAAUGAACGAAAGUCGAAACAAAUGAAGAACAGGUUUCUUUUUUUGAACUGUAUUGUGAGAGGUCAAGCAGGCAAAGGGUUUGAACGCAGACCAUGGAGGUACAUAAUGGCAUUCGAUACAAGGCACAGACGGCAAAGCAGCAAGGACUUGAAUACGGAGCUGAGCCCGCGGACGAGCAGUGUAAAUGCAUUCACGAUGUUCACAGAUUUAAGCUCGAAGCCGUUGACUAUACUUGAUGUAAACUUCGAAGUCAUUCAUAGCCAUGUAAUCUGCAUGCCAGGUACAAGGGACGCCAGGGGUGCACCUGUGAUAUUUUUUGAUGCUGGAAAGUCGGAAUGGCAGAUUCCAGAUUUCAACAGCGAAGAAAUAGCACGAAUAUGUUUAUAUUUCCUUCAAAUUCCCAGGGAAGAAGUUUCGAAACUAGGUUUGUCUAUUUUUGUUGAUGCACAAAACGCUGACCAUAACAAAAAGACUUUGCAGAUCAUCGGGGAAGCUCUAGUUUUUUUCGAGGAGAUGCAACCAGGUAGCGUUCACAUUGCCUACAUCCUCGAACGAAAAGAUUCACAUCUUUUGAUGUUCAGUGCUGAUAAACUAAAAGAAAAACUUAAAUUUCAAUUCAAAUUGCUUUCGUCUUUUGAUGAUGUGCUAUCUUCCAUUUCAAUGGAUCAAAUUCCCACGACCUUCGGCGGAAGCUUUGAGUACGAUCACGGUGCCUGGCUGCAGUUUCGAUUGAAACAAGAACCCUUCAUGACGGGUUGUCGAAGUGCAACAAAGCUGGCUUUGACGGCAAUAGAUGAACUUGGGAUAGGAAAAUUUGGUGAAACGGUAGAAGAAUGUCAGAGAUUGCUCGAAGAACACGAUAAAAAAGUGAGCGCCAUCUUUUCAGACAGCCGCCUGUCUGCGUUGCAAGUCGAAGGUGAACAACUUGUGUCUGACAUGCAGCAGACAGAUAACUCAAAUAAAACACAAGACUGGAAAUAUACCAUGGAAAUUGUCUCGAAAUUAUAUUUCAAAAUGAAUCAAGUGUUCUCCAAGCUGGAAGUUUUGUAUAGAAAACGAAAACGAGAGCUCGAGGAUUGUCUACAGUUGAAAUGCUUUCACGAGGAAUACGCUAAGGUAUUAGAGUGGUUACAGGAUGUCGGUAUGCCUUGUUUAGAAAAACCUGUGGAGAUUGCAGAGUCGUAUGGACAGGCGCUCAGUUACCAUGGUAACUUCGAGAAAUUUCUGAUUCCCGCUGAGAGUUAUAUACUGCAAGCUCAAGAUUUACUGGAGGAUGGUAGCAACAUAGCUCAGUGGGGAACUGAUGAUUGCAUUGGUGUAAAGGAAAUGUCAAAGGUACUGAAGACGAGACUGGAUCAAUUCACUACAGCACUAGAGGAAAGACGUGUCGCUCUGGUCACGUGUAUGGAGUUUCAUAAAAUGAUCAGUGAGAGUUCUGAAUGGAGAAUUCAAGCAUUGAAACACAUGGCAUUGAUGAAUAUGGAAGCAUCAAACUCCUCUAAAGGUGUCGCUUCACUGAAAGAAAACAUGGAAGGAUUUCUUCAAGAAUUUCCCAUGUGGUCAAAGGAAAGAUUAAAUAACUUAAAUGAACUUUCUGGUAAAUUGAAGAACGAAGAUCUACAAAAUCAGGCCGAGAAAUCUGUUGCGGAGUACAAGGAAGUCGAGGAAAUGUUUUUAAAACGCCAGGAAACAUUACAGAGGGCGGCCGUACGCGUACAGGUCUCUGAUGUAUCCACAAACGGUACCAGCGAGGGAUCGUCAUCUACAUCAACAUCGAACUCAACCUCGUGUGCAAACGAUGAGGAAGGGGACAUGGACAGUGAUGAUGAUGAUGAUAAAUUAGAUCUUCCUCAAGAUUUAUCUCCAACGAAGAAAGUUGCUCGUUCUGACGUCAAUGAAGAAGAACAACAGUUGUUUUAUAACUUGAAAGAUACUGCUGGAGAAGAAGAUGAACAAACUUAUCAAAAACUUUCAGAAAAAACCAAAGAAAAGUUGUUAUAUAUUGUGGAUGAAAUGGUCACUACCGAAAGAGAUUAUGUCAAAUCCUUGGAUUACGUAAUCCAGAAUUAUGUAAAGGAAAUGGAGAGUGACGAUCUACCGGCGUCAUUACGAGGCAGGAAAAAUUUAAUAUUUGGAAAUAUUGAACGAUUGUAUGACUUUCACCAAAGACAUUUUUCACAAGAACUUGAGCAAUGUCUAGAAAGACCUUAUCAAGUUGCUGCUACGUUUUUGAAAUGGGAAAGGCAGUUCUUUUUGUACGCGUUGUAUAACAAGAACAAGCCGAUAUCUGACGAGCUUCUUCGUGAUCAUGGUAGCGUUCAUUUCAGGAAACGACAAGAUGAACUGCAAGAUAAACUGGAUUUGUGCAGUUACCUCAUCAAACCUGUUCAACGCAUUGGAAAGUACGCUUUGCUUUUACAGGACAUGAUCAAAGUGAUUGAAAUUCAUUCCUCGUUUACAACGCAUCUACGGAGUGCUGUUGAAAUGGUCAAAUCUCAACUACGACAUGGCAACGAUCUUUUGGCUAUGGACUCUUUACGGGGAUGUGAUGUCAACGUAAAGGAACAAGGAAAACUUUUACGUAUGGACGAUUUCAUCGUGUGGCAAUCGAGAAAGAAACACUUUCGUCGAGUAUUCCUUUUUGAAGACAUGGUACUUUUCAGCAAAGCAAGAAAACAAACAAGUGGCGCGGAUAUUUUUAUUUAUAAAAGCUCACUAAAGACGGCAGACAUUGGUCUGACUGAGUCAGUUGGCGAAAGCGGUCUUAGAUUUGAAUUAUGGUUUAGAAGAAGGCGAAACGCUAAAGAUACGGUUAUUUUAGAGGCUAAAAACUUGGAUAUCAAGACAUCUUGGGUUAUAGAAAUAACAAGAUUGUUAUGGCGUCAAGCAGUCAGAAACAGAGAGUACGGUUUAGCUGAAGCUACAACUGGUAUCAGUGUUGGUAGUCAACCUGGAGAACAAGUUCCCACGACGCGAUCAUCGUUGUUUGAUGACUCGUCAAACUUUAGUCCGACGAUAACAAUGUCAAGCAUUUCUUCUCCGUACACUCAAUACACCAGCCCUCUUAUGGACAAACGUCGAUUUAUACGGAGGGUCUCGAGCUUGAGACGAGGCAGUACCGACUACCUAGCGAGCGGCCUUAACUAUUCUGCUACAAGUGCCCCAGCUAGGUCAAUUCCUUUUCGAAAAAAGUCAACAGAUGAAACGAAAUCGUUGUUGAAGAAAACGAAAUCGAACGCAGGUGACGGAGCGGAUUCUGGAGAUGAUCAAAACUUCGAAAGACGACCUUCGCUUAAAAAAAGACUUUUCGGUUCACGAGGGAAAAAAUCUGUCGACAAAGCGCCGCAAAAUGGUUCGGCUGAAAAUAUAGUGCAAAAUAACGAUAUUCCGGGUUCCUCUAAGGAUGGAAAACCCAACAUUGACUAUAAUUCAACGAAAGCGGCAAAAGCUUCAAAGCGGAGGUCGUUUAUAGGUAUUUUUACAAGUUCGCGACCUCCUAGCGUCGUCGACGGCCAAAAUAUCAACGAUGGGAAAAUUCAUCAACGGAGACAAUCAGAUACCAGUGCUAUAACUACACAAACUCCAGAAAGUACAUCACCUACAAACAAGUCAACCAAAACUGACAUUGUCCUUGAUCAAUCACCGUCACAAUCUAGCUAUCACACAGUGGUUUGAUGAAAUUGCGAAGAUAUUUUUAUUACAGAUUAUACACUUGUAUAUUUUAUAAUAUUAGUAUGUAUCAAUUGUUAUAAGUUUAUUAUGUAAUUAAAGCACUAUGAUGUAAUGGUAAUUUAACAUCGGUGAUGUAACACCAUAUUGGGAAGAUGUAAAUAUUUCGCUCGCCUUUUGUAAGGCAUAACAGAAUUUUAGAGGACACGGGACAAAGAACACUCACAUUUUGUGAAAAAUCUACUCGCACCUUUAUCGAAUUCUAUUGAAUAUUUUUGGUUGUUGACUCGACAAUCACAAAUCAACACAAAAUGUAAACAAAAUAGAGACGUUAACAGUGGAUUGAUGUGUUGAAAAUUUGGAUUUUUCCAAAACAUGCAAGAAAAUGAUGCGUUGAAUGUUGAGUUUAAAGAUAUUUUAUGUAGCAAUACCUGACAUUGUGCAUUCUUUCUUAGUCUUCUGCGCAGUAAAUUACAACAUGAAUUACGAAAGAAUA